CGGCAUGAGGGGCGGGGCCGGGCCUGGAGGCGGGGCCGGGCCUGGAGACUGGGCCGGGGCCCGGGCCGGCGACCCGUGGGCCGAGAGCGCGGAUCCCGGAGAGGUGGGGGACUACGCGCGCGUGUUCGCGCGAGGACGGGUCCCGUGGGUCUCGCAGUUCCGAGGACUCAAGCAGAGCCGGGGAGGGGUUAAACACUUGAAGAUGAGAAAAGUUGAUCUCUGUUUGAGCUCUGAAGGGGCUGAAGUGAUUUUAGCUACAUCAAGUGAUGAAAAACACCCACCUGAAAAUAUGAUUGAUGGGAAUCCAGAAACAUUUUGGACCACCACAGGAAUGUUUCCCCAAGAGUUCAUUAUUUGUUUUCACAAACAUGUAAGGAUUGAAAGGCUUGUAAUCCAAAGUUACUUUGUUCAGACCUUGAGGAUUGAAAAGAGCACGUCUAAAGAGCCAGUGGAUUUUGAGCAGUGGAUUGAAAGAGAUCUAGUACACAUGGAGGGGCAGCUUCAAAAUGAAGAAAUUAUGGAAAAGAGGUAUAAGCCAACAGAAGGAAAACCUCACGCUCGAGAGUUCCCCGACCCUGUGGAGACAGGCGAGCACAGCGCCCCUCCUCCGCGGGGCUGCGUCGGUCUCUUUAAGAAGCCAAGCCUCCCGCUCCGCAGGGGCGGCGGCCUGCUGGAGGUCUCCUGA